AAUCGACGGAUUCUCGCAGUCUGGCAGAGCUUCGUUCAUGGCGCUCUCUCUCUCUCUUCUCACGCUGUCCCUCCCUCUAUCGCUCUCAUGGCGUUUAGCUGACGUGAAUCGAUCGGAUUAAUCGCCGGCACGCUCAAAAAUCGCGGCUUGAUCGCUCCCCAACCGGAAGAGCCUCCUCCAUGUCGACAUCGGACAACGAAGACGAGAGCCUGGCCAAUUUCCUCGAGUCCGAGAUCCUCUCCGAGGAAAGCGUCGACGCUGCCGAGUCGGGAGCGAAACGGCAGCGUUCGGGAGGAGAAGAAGCGCAGGAGGAGAGAGAAGGCGAUGGCAGGAGCAACGGCAAGAACGCGGUCUCGUUGAGAUUGGACACGGGGAUUCUGAGCAAGAUACCUCCGGAGCUGUUCCCCAAUAUUCUCAAAUUUCUCUCAUCCGAGGAUCUCAUGGCGUGCUCGAUGGCGUGUAAGUCGCUGAAUUACGCAGCGUCUGAUGAAUCCUUGUGGCGUCGACUGUACCGAAUUCGGUGGGGUCUGCUGCCACCAACUAAUAAGAUACGACAAUGUGCUUGGAAGAAGCUCUAUAUCCAGCGUGAUGAAGAGGACAUGAGUGAACUCGUCAGAAAUUGCCCAGCAGAGUUUAAAGAAUACUACAUCCAAAUGCAAGCUGCAAAGAGAAGUCAAGCACCUCUUCCUUCACAGGUGAAUGAUGACCGGAUAAUUCUUGACAAGACAGUUGCUGAUCAAGUGUCUAUGUGGAAAAGCAGCAAAGGGUUCACUGACGCAUUGGUUCUGGACCAUGUUUGUUCGGGAGAAACGUGUUCUUAUCACCAAAUUGGCGAUGUCUUCGUUUGUGAGAAGACUGGAAAUGUUCACGUCUGUGAUGAGACGUGCAGAGAAACUGUUAUGGAUCCUGCCAAUGAGCUCUUGGUUUGCAAAAUAUCUGGACACUGUUUGGAUAGGUUGCUGUCGGCUGCUGAAAUGGAGCCCGAUGCUGAGCAGCAGCAAGCUGGCGUGACAGAUGAAGCUGAGCCAUUCAUGGGAUCUGGUCGAUUUGCUCGAGCUUAUUUAUUGGGAUACAAUUGCGUCGACGAAAGAGAGUUAGAUGCUGUGUUGAGGUUUUGCUGAGUUUUGGGGAUGGGAUGUAUUUGGUUUUUGCAGGUCAGCAAAACUGUCCAAGUGUUUGUCCAUUUGAAUAGUUAAUGCCAGCUAAGUCUGUAUAGUUUUUAAUUCAAAAUAAUAUUAUUAGAUGGCAGAAAAUUUUCCUAGGGUUUCCGCCAACUCUCAUUGUGUAAUCUGGUUGGAUAGAUGUUAACAUCUCUAGGAAAAAUGUUGUAAAAGGUUUCCUCUGAUUUUUACCUAUGAUUUCUGGAUUCGCGGUUC